AAUAUUUAAGUUGGUUUAACAAUGACCUUCAUGUUCUCUUCUGUGUUAUCACUUCCACCUUAAACUUGUACUAUUCAGUAACUAAGACAUCUACCGAAGAUGGCUGACUUGCAGUACACCGCUAUAGAUGGAGGAAACUGUGUAGGGACCAAUGAACCCAACACACGACGGGUCCAUCUCUACACGAGUGUCGCCAUUUGUGAGUAUUGGUAUUGUUUAGAACUAAAGAACUGACUACUACUACACGUGUACGUAAUAUUUAAGUUGGUUUAACAAUGACCUUCAUGUUCUCUACUGUGUUAUCACUUCCACCUUAAACUUGUACUAUUCAGUAACUAAGACAGCUACCGAAGAUGGCUGACUUGCAGUACACCGCUGUAGAUGGAGGAAACUGUGUAGGGACCAAUGAACCCAACACACGACGGGUCCAUCUCUACACGAGUGUCGCCAUUUGUGAGUAUUGGUAUUGUUUAGAACUAAAGAACUGACUACUACUACACGUGUACGUAAUAUUUAAGUUGGUUUAACAAUGACCUUCAUGUUCUCUACUGUGUUAUCACUUCCACCUUAAACUUGUACUAUUCAGUAACUAAGACAGCUACCGAAGAUGGCUGACUUGCAGUACACCGCUGUAGAUGGAGGAAACUGUGUAGGGACCAAUGAACCCAACACACGACGGGUCCAUCUCUACACGAGUGUCGCCAUUUUAAACAUAAUUUAUGUAAUUCUUGGAACAACGUUCACCUGGUCAUCGCCGAUGCUGAUAAAGCUGCAGUUGUCCGGUGCUGAUGCCAGCACGGUGGCGUCAGGAUUGACUGUUGGAGGUAUGGUCGGUCCCUUCAUGUCAGGGAUGCUGAUGGACAGAUUGGGUCGCAAAGGGACUGCGGUUAUAGCGAUGGGCCUGGUCACCUCGUCCUACACGUUACUCACCUUCACGAGAACAGUCUGGAUACUGGCAGCAGGAAGGUUCUUAGGUGGAAUGUCCUUUGCCAUAACGUUCUCAGCCGUACCUACUUACGUUGCUGAGAUUUCAGAAGACUCAGUCCGUGGAGUGCUGAACACGCUGAACAUGAUCUCGAUCGCCUCCGGAGGUCUGUUGAUGUUCUCUGUCGCCCCGUUUGUCAGUUAUCGCUUGAUCCACUACAUCAUGCUCGGAAUCUGCGCCAUGUUCUUUCUGCUGUGUCCGCUUCUACCAGAGUCACCCUAUACGUUAGUGAUGAAAAACCGAAUCGGCAAAGCUAAACACGUCCUCACUUGGCUCAGGGAGAAGAGACCGGAGUCGGUCGUCGAAACAGAGCUUCAAAUUAUACAGAAAGCCGUAGCUGAGAGUGAAGCAGAAUCAAGUUCUGUCGUAGAUCUGUUCACUUCCAGAGGGAGUCGGCGCGCCUUUACAACCUGCUGCGUGCUGUUCGCUCUGCAGCAACUGGCGGGUAUCACAGUCAUCGUCUACUACCUGCAGACGAUCUUCGAGAUGACGGGAGCCGCGAUCUCCAGCAGCACCUCGUCCACCGUAGUCGGCGCCAUCAAGUUUUGGGCGGGUUUCGCGUGUCCGCUGGCCGUCAAGAACUUCGGCUACAAGAAACCGCUGAUCGUGUCCGCGCUCGGCGCAGCUUUGGGAAUGGGUGGUCUGGGUGUAUUUUUCUCAUUGAAAUUGAACGGGUUCGAAGUUCACCACCUCAACUGGUUGCCGAUUAUGAGCGUCAUUGUUUACAUGUCCUUUUUUAUUGCAGGAUUUGCAAACAUCCCAUGGGCCAUGAGUGGUGAGCUGUUUGCCACCAAUGUGAAACCCAUCGCGACAUGUCUCCUCACGGUCUUGUCCUCCUUCUUCGCCUUCCUCAUGACCAAACUGUUCCCCAACAUGAUCCAGUUGUUCGGCUUGGACUACCUCUUCUUGGCCUGCUCGUUCUUCAACUUCGCCACUGCGGCUUUCGUCGCGUUCUCAGUCAAAGACACCUGUGGCCUGUCGUUCCUCGAGAUCCAAGAACUGAUGAGUGGGCGAAAGAGGGCUGAUAUUCUGCUGCAUCGUGCACAAUGACACUUCUCUCCAAUAAAUGUUUAUACUAUUAAAAUACAAACAAUGGUCUCAAUCCUGUCACAGUCA